CCGCCGAGCACUCUCUGGAAUCGACACUCGCUGGGCUAUCAACACGGCUGAGAAAAUAUCCGGUUUGAAAGAGAACACACGCCUUUAUUGUCAAAGCACCGGCGACCCGAUCUCGGGACCUACAACGGGACAGCAUCCUUCUUUGGACGCAGUCGGGUUACGCAGCCCCCUGCACAAUUCCUACUCCUCUACUAUCCAAAGGAAGCAUCAUAGCCGCUAUCCUACCGAGGCGUGCCCGACCGCGCUAUGGACCCUUUUAGGUACCGAAAGGCGUAUGAGGCAAUGAUACAUGCCAGCCACCUAUUGGAGGAACGCCUGAACCAAGACCCCGCCGCGGAUGAGGAAGUUGCGGAAGAAGGGACAGCGGGAAAUGCUACGGUAUUUGAAGAAGAUGAUCCUGAUAGCAUGGAAUGGACUCCCACCGGCGCCACCACUCCUCCGACAGCAUGCGGGCCGCCACCGACGGCUUCAAAGAAUAUGCGUCAUUUGCCGCCUGAUGGCGGAGACGGCGAGUACCAGCUUCAAGAGCGAGGAGAGAAUGCCGUGCUACUCCAUAAGCUCCAAGAGGGUGUAAUCAUGGACGAAUGCAUCGACAAACUUGUGCGCGACCUCCCGGAUGUGUUAAGCUACGAUGACUCAGCUACAUUCACUCCGUCAACGAUAGAAGUACCCAAAGAUUUUGGACUACAGCUCAGCAUCUCAAUUAAUCACCAUUUGGCGCAAGUGGCGGACCGGAAAGUGUUGGAGAAGUAUCGGCGCCUGCUCGGUCACCGGAAAGAUCCCGCGAAGCGAAGGUCGAUCAAACUAGGCUUCGACCCCAUCGAGCUUAUCAAGAGGCAAGCUGUUACCUUUCCCGAAGAUGCCUCUGUCAGGGCGUCUACUUUGGACAAUGAGAUCCAUCCCAUCUUCCGCCCGGAGAAUUUCCAUGGCUGCUCCGACGAGAUCUACAUGGUGUUGGAGCCCGCUCUACGCCUGAGUACUAUGCUAUUAUUCUCUCGAGCAACAUCCGGCUUUUGGCAUACUUUGGUGUUUGGGGAGAGGAAGCCAUGCGAGAAGACAACUGAGGCAUACGGCCAGCCUUGUUUCCGCAUACGCGAAGAGGUUCCUUGGGCCGAAGAACACGCGACUGCGUUCAAGAGCUUUAUAGAUGACCAGGUGGAUACAGUACAUUUCAUGUUCCAUCGCGACCCGCUACCACCGGAUCCCGCCUAUGCAUCCAUGGGCUUGGUAGCCGAUUACAAGAACGGAUUGAUGCGAAAGUUGAAUCGCAAAUGCCACACCAGCAGAAUCUGCCUCCACUCGGACUUCUACACCACUGCGAAGAAAUUGAGCCUACUGCGCUAUCCAGAGCCUGCCAUGGUAUUGCGCUUUAAUCUGUUCCUCGCCGUUUGCCUCGCACACGAGAUGGCACACUUCAUCGAAGUAUCUGGACCACAUCACGAGCAUCCGUUGGGCGAACCUGAGGUCUUCUUUAACGACAACAUGUGGACCGAAUCUGGCAUUGCUUUCGAACUCAAGGUCUUUGGUGGCCGGCUGCACCCUAUAUCCUCCCGGGUGGAUUGCGGACUUGGACUCGCUGUGCUCAGCUACCCACUCAAGGAGGUCUACGAUAAGGAGGACAACGUCUUAUACACUCUUCCGAUGGACUACAUCACGAAGAUGCAACAGAGGGAAACCUGGGACCAGGACUUCAGCGAAUCGGGCGCGGACAUCUUCCACGUGCCAUGGACAGGAUGCCGCUCGAUUGAGAUCAACGGUGCGAACUUAAUGGUGUGGGAAGACGAGAAGGAUGCAGAUAUUUCGGACCAUAUUGACGGCAAGGACACCACAUUUCAUCGCAUGGACGACGGUCAAAUCGUCAAAAAUCCUAAUUCGAGCAACCGGAAGCCGCAGAGACAGGCCGAAGGUCGGCGAUGGAGCCCCUACGGCCACAAACAAAAACCUACCGCAGAAGAUGUGUCGUGUGUGUCGAAACAGAUAUUAGGUGGGGCCGCAGAGGCUGAGGGAAACGAGGACAAGGCCGAUGAGGAUGGUGGACAGGAUGACGACAUGUCGUAAGUGUGAGUGUUUAGAGGUGUCUGAGCAACAUAGAAAUACAGCAUGAGAUAAGAGCCGGGAGAAAGAGGGGGAUCUGCUUAGAAAAUAGCUGCUAAGCAUGCAUUCGUAAACGGCGUUUGAACACUAGGGCAUCGGGAAUUUUUGGGAGCAUUAUCAUGGCAUAGCGGUCCAUAAAGCAUUCGGAUAAUAGUCAUGUUUAUACCGGCUUCUUACUCACAUACUUGG